UAAGAAACCCCCCAUGAAAUCAAUCAGCAAAGUGCCUCACAACAAACUUCCCUUGGCCUCUCUCUUAUCUGUACUUUCGUUGGCACCCCUAUUCAACUCUUUCCUAGGACUCUUCUUCUUCCAAUUCUCCUAUUUAACCCCCCCUCAAAUCCAUUCAAUCUAUCUCCAAAGUCAUUAUCCAAUUCCAAGCUUUAAAUCCAACUUCACAUUCAACCCAUUAAUGGCGUCGAAAAAUGGGGUUGUGUUCGAAGACUUUUUUCCAUCAAUGGUGGAGAAAUUGGGUGCCGAAGGAUUUAUGGACGAGCUGUGUAAUGGGUUUCGGUUGUUGAUGGAUGGGGAUAAAGGGGUCAUCACGUUCGAGAGCUUAAAGAAGAACUCGGCUGUGUUAGGGUUGCAGAAUAUGAGCGAUGAAGAGCUCAAGUGUAUGUUAAAAGAAGGCGAUUUGGAUGGCGAUGGGAGGUUGAAUCAAAAGGAGUUUUGUGUUCUUAUGUUUAGACUUAGUCCUGAACUCAUGAAAGGUUCAAUAAGCUGGCUAGAACAAAUUGUGAUGAAUGAGUUGUAGACUGAUCUCUCUAUUGAUUGUUCUUUCCUUCUAGGCCACUGGCCACCUUUUAUUUUGCAUCCUUUUUUUUUCUAAUUUAUAUUUGUUUUUUGUUUUUUUUUUUUGUUUUUUGCCUGCUAUUAUGUAUUUGAUUCCUGGUAGUUUAUGAAAUGAUGAUUUUUCAAUUUAUUCUA